GGUAUUGAAAAAUUACGAUGGAUGUUCAUGUAGCUUACUUUGAUGCCCAAUAAUAUUGUUAUGUCGGGUCCUGAGUGUUGUGAAAAUCCACCAAAUUACCUGAGCGGCGGUGGCGGAGGAGGAGGAGCUGGUCAUGUCCAACAACUUGGUGGUUUCAACUGUUAUCUUUCUGGUCCUCUUGAUUCUGCUCAAGCUAUAAUCCUUGUUUCUGAUGUUUUUGGAUAUGAAGCUCCAAAGUUGAGAAAGCUUGCAGAUAAAGUUGCAGCAGCUGGAUUCUAUGUAGUAGUCCCUGAUUUCCUGCGUGGUGAUCCUCGUAUACCUAAUGAUGAGAAGCCUUUAGAAGUAUGGAUAGUAGAUCAUGGACCGGAUCAAGGAUUCGAAUAUGCAAAACCAGUUAUUGAAGCUUUAAAGAGCAAAGGUGUAACAAAGAUCGGAGCAGCAGGCUUUUGUUGGGGAGCUAAGGUAGUCGUUGAACUAGCAAAAUAUGCUUAUAUUCAAGCUGCAGUGCUAUUGCAUCCUUCAUUUGUCGUUAUAGAUGAUAUGCACGCUGUUAAGAUUCCAAUCUCAAUAUUGGGAGCGGAGAUUGACAGAUAUUCUUCACCUGAGCUUGUCAAGCAAUUUGAGAUGGCCUUAAAUGCGAAGCCUGAGGUUGAUGCAUUUGUGAAGAUUUUUCCUGGGGUUACACAUGGCUGGGCCGUGAGGUACAACGAUGAAGAUGAAUUAGCUGUAAAAUCUGCUGAAGAGUCUCAUCAAGACAUGUUGGGUUGGUUUGAGAAACAUCUCAAGUAAAAUUUGCGUAAUAACAUGUUAUCUUUGUAUGUAUUUGGUAAUAAGGUUUGGGUGGGUUUUCUUUGUAUGCAAAAUGAGUGUUGUUUGUGUUUGAUUUAUGAGAUAAUUUGUGACACAA